AUGAAAACAAACAAAGUAGCAGAAGCUUCUCAUCGGCGACUGCAAGCACAGCUCAGCAUGAAUCAUCCGACCAUCUGGCAGUUUAUAAUUGAAUUGAAGAAAGUUCAGGCAGAAAGAGAUCUGUAUUAUGAGUUUCUUGUUGGAGGCCAUGAACCACCUCCAUUAAAAAAAAAAUACGUAGAAGCAUCAGACCGCAUUUUAAAUUUAGUUCUACAUUUCAGGGACCGUAAUAUUAUUGAGUAUUUAAGAGGUUCAGCUCAUAAUUUUGUAAUGGACCAUUAA